UGCGUUAGUAAUUUUUUGUGUGCAAAAUAUUGAUUUGUUUUUAAAAAUAUAUUUAUGCUGUUGCGAAAAUGUCUACACGCAGUUGUGUGCCGAUGCAACAAAAAUAUAAUCGUGUAGUUGUACUUGUGGAUAUGGAUUGUUUCUUUUGCCAAGUCGAGGAGAAACUAAAUCCCCAACUUAAAGGACAACCAAUAGCCGUAGUGCAGUAUAAUGCAUGGCGCGGUGGCGGCAUAAUUGCUGUGAACUAUGCAGCGCGUGCCAAAGGUGUAACGCGUCAUAUGCGCGGAGAUGAGGCAAAGGAACGUUGUCCCGAAAUACAGUUGGUUAAAGUACCAAAUAUACGAGAAAAAGCCGAUUUGGGCAAGUAUCGUGAGGCAGGCAAAGAAGUGGCUACUGUGCUACAACGUUUUACACCACUGUUGGGGCGGGCUUCGGUUGACGAGGCUUAUUUAGAUAUAACGGAAGAGGUCAAUAAGCGCUUAGAAGACAUGAAUGCGGGUUCAUUUAUGCUUCAACCGGAGGCUCUUAUAAAUACCUAUGCUGUAGGUUAUACUGGCAUUGGUGAUUAUUUAAAUGUGAUCACGAAACGUUUCAAUGAGCCUAAUGCGGAGUAUUUAGACACAGAAUAUGGUUCAUACGCUCAAGCUCAUGACCAUGCCGAUAUGGCAGCUGUACGCCAAAGUGAUAUUCGCUUGCUUAUCGGUGCAGCGGUGGCAAGUGAAGUGCGUGCUGCUGUUAAGGCCGAAACAGGCUAUGAAUGUUCUGCUGGAAUUGCGCACAAUAAAAUUCUCGCCAAAUUGGCAUGCGGUAUUAAUAAGCCAAAUAAGCAGACCAUUUUGCCGUUGGGUGAGAUACCCAAGUUAUUCGAAACUUUGCCACUUACCAAAAUACAAGGAUUGGGUGGGAAGUUUGGCGAAAAUAUAUGUACCUGCUUGAACAUACGCUUUCUGGGAGAGUUAUUACCCUUUUCCGAGCAGGAGUUGCAACGGAAAUUCGAUGAAAAGAACGGCACUUGGUUAUAUAACAUUUGUCGCGGCAUUGAUUUGGAAGCGGUUACACCACGCUUUUAUUCAAAAAGUAUCGGUUGUUGCAAGAAAUUUCCCGGACGCAAUAAUAUAACUGGUUUAAAUACACUGCGUCAUUGGCUGGGUGAGCUCUCUAAUGAAAUUUGCGAUCGCAUGGAAAAAGAUAUAGUGGAAAAUAAUCGUCGAGCCAAACAAAUGGUGCUAAGCUUUGUGCAAGAAUUCGAUGGUGAAGAGGUAUCGAGCUCACGUUCAGUGCCGCUUAAGGGUUACGAUCAGGAGACAUUAACUAAUAGCAGCUUGGAAGUGCUGCAGACACAUACGAAACAAUUUUUCAAAUCCGGCAGCUCGCUAGCUUUAAACAAUCCCAUUAAAUUUUUGGGUAUUAGUGUGGGCAAGUUUGAAACAAUACAAAGUGGACAGAAUAAAUUGCAGGAAAUGUUUGCCAAUAUGGCAGCUAAGAAGAAAAACGAAACGGACAAUGACUUGCCAACGGUAGGCCGUGAAGGUAACGAAACUACAUGUAAGGACACACCUGUUGCAAAGAAACCCACAUUUUUGCAAAAUUUUUUGCAACGUGAUUGUAAUGCAAAUAAUUUGACUGAUUUAAAAGCUAACAGCAAUACUAGUGCUAUAAAUGUGGACAAAAAUUUUACAGUAACGUAUGCAGAGCUGCCUGCUACAAAUUUUACAAAUAAAUUUGAUAAUUCCGAGCCACCAGAAGUACGUAGCUUCUUUCUAAAUGCUUUAAAAAAGCAGAUAUCUAAGGAGAGUACAUGCUCGUCAACUACCGUUUUCACCAAUAAUAAUGAAGAGGAGCAUAAAACUGAUAUUUCGAAAAGUUUUUUUGCAAAGUUUUUAAAAAAGUCGGAUAUUGAAGCGAAUAAUGUACAAAAAUUUACACAAAAAAGCACGAACCAACUACCAAACGCCGCACCAUGCCAAAGCACCAAAGUAAUAGAAACUCAUAUGACAACAAAAACAACAAAAAUCAAUGCAAUAGAUUUAACUGUUGAGUUAGAACAACAAAUUGAUGAGACGACAUUCGAGACCAAAUCGACAGCAACAACAGCCACCAUCAACGGUAUCAAUACAACAACAAAUAAACGCAAAUAUACCGCUUUGGUCGGCAAUACAUCGCCAAAUCAUAAUUCACCAAAAAACAUGUGGCCAGUAAGGCCUAAGCGUACACCUUCACCAUCAUAUGAAGCAAGUUAUGUUGAAUUUGCGGUGCCAGAGUUGCGUCCGGAAUUCCUACUGAUGACCAAAUGUGCCACUUGCAAAGCGGAUAUACCCUCCGAUGCACGUUCCAUACAGCUGCAUCAAGACCACCACGUAGCCAUGGAGCUUAGUCAACAAAUACGUGACGAAUAUCGCAAGGAAGUCAAAACAAAAUUAAGUGCACAAAAAGCCACAGCAACUGCAUCGGGUCCAGGCAAAAAAUCCAAAAAGUCACCAGUACAAACAACCAAGGCCGGCAGUAACAAAUCCGACACCAGCAUAACCAAAUUUCUAAGACCAAUUAAGACCAGUACAACGACAAUUGCCUCAAAUGCAACUCCACUUGUUGUGGAGUCAAGGCCUUCUAGUAUAGUAAUCAAUCUGUUAGAUACCACUGUGCAGGAAACGGUGGUUUGUGUGGAGUGCAACUUGCCCAUAGUCACAACUGCCUUGCAAGAGCAUAAAGAUUUUCAUAUUGCCAAGGCUCUACAGCGUCAACUCAACAUGUUGUAGAUGCGCACUGUGUCGGCGGCUAAAAAUUCAAAUGAACCUAGUCGUAACAACAGCUUGAAUUUAAGUCACGCGAGUGUUAAAAACGUGAAACAAAUCACAAUCAAAUUGAUAGAUAAAUAAGUACAUAAAUGCAUACAUAAAUAAGUGUUCUAAGUAGCAAGUAUAAGUGUUCUAAGUAAGCAAGUUUAAGUGUUCUAAGUAAGCAAGUAUAAGUGUUUUAAGUAAGCAAGUUUAAGUGUUCUAAGUAAGCAAUCAUACAUCUAUGAGUUCAAAGCAGAUUAACAUAUGACCUUUCCGGAUCACCUUAAAUACAUGCACACAUUUCAACUUUUACCACUCUUAUAUAAACAGCAUAA